CUGCUGCUUGCGCUGGUCCACCCGGACACCGAGGCCCCUGCCCACUUUGAGUGCGUGUUGCGCGCGAUCCGUGAGGACGAGCAGCUCGAGCCCGGGGAGCAGAUCUGCUACGUGGGCGGCGGCGUGUUCGCGAUCGUGCGCGCGGGCCGCGGGCGUGACAGCGCCCGCAUCCGCAAGCGUAUCCCCUAUGAGUCGGAGAGCAUGCCGCCGGAAUGGCGCACCGAACAGGUCCGCCGCCUGCCGAAUCCGUGA